ACCAGUGAAAAUGAGUGGAAGAGGUAAGGGAGGCAAAGGACUCGGAAAAGGAGGCGCUAAGCGUCACCGCAAGGUUCUCCGUGAUAACAUCCAGGGAAUCACCAAGCCCGCCAUCCGCCGCCUGGCUCGCCGCGGUGGUGUCAAGCGUAUUUCCGGUCUGAUCUACGAGGAGACCCGCGGGGUGCUCAAGGUGUUCCUGGAGAACGUCAUUCGUGACGCCGUCACCUACACCGAGCACGCCAAGAGGAAGACCGUGACCGCCAUGGAUGUGGUGUACGCGCUCAAGAGGCAGGGCCGCACUCUGUACGGCUUUGGAGGUUAAGCUCACAGCUCGGACACACAACUACAAACACACAAAGGUCCUUUUAAGGGCCGCCCACACGUUCAAUGAGGACAAAUG